GGCCCAAUCACAAAUCAUCUUAUAUCGUAGUUCUAUACAUGAGCAGAAAGGUUCCCUUUUUUUGCUUCUCCCUCAAUUGACAUGGGAACACGAGAGGUAUACGAAGAAAAAUUGAAGAGAGGUAAUCUCCAUCAUGAUCCUACAAUCAAACCUGGCCUCGGCUCUGCUAGAUGUCCUCGUUGUCUUUCUCUCUUGAACUCCAAUUCAAAAAGUGGAGAAUGGGCGAUUACUCCUGUUCUGCAUGAUUUCACGGCUGUGGCUGGCUCUGGAAUUGGUGGACUGUUCAGUGCAAUUCAUGGUUUCAAUACAGGAAUUCCUUUUGUCCAGAGACACGUGAAGGGUCCAAAGUGGCUUCCAUUUGUUAUAGGGCUUCCUCCACUACUCAUGUUCUCUGCAGCUAGCGCGACAUUUGGAGGAUAUGCACUUCCAAUUUUUUCUCAACUUACGAUGACUUCAUAUUACACUGCUUCAAGUGCCUCACAUUACGGAAUAUCAUUGCUUACCAGACGUAUUGAGGAGGCCCAUACUUCUGGUGUUCAACCUAAAAGACUCAGCUGAUUGACUUGAGGUGCACAAAAUCAGAGCCAAACUUUACUUCAAAUUUUGCAACGAAUUAUAUAUAGUUGGAGCAACUGUCAAUUCAAAAGAUGCAUGUUCAUUGCUUUGGUGACUUCUCUUUUGAUAAAAUAUAUAGUUUUUACUUUGUAAUUAUAGGAAUGUUUGAACUUGGAAGAA